CAUCAUUUCACAGAGGCUAGAGUUCAGAAUAGACAAAAGAGGAGACACAACUUGCAGCGAGAGGCUAGUACCAGUUGAAGCACCGCCAAGGCCGCUUUUUUUCACUGACAGAAUCUUCAUUAAGAUAAUUUUCUCAAAGAUUUGGCUACAGAAGAGGCAAAGAUGAAGCUGCUGUGGGUUGUUCUGCUGGUGGUCGGCGCCGUGUCGGCCGAUGACGAUGACAGGAAGGAGAAUGUGGGGACUGUGGUUGGAAUCGACCUGGGCACUACCUACUCCUGCGUUGGAGUGUUCAAGAAUGGCCGUGUGGAGAUCAUUGCCAAUGACCAGGGUAACCGCAUCACCCCCUCAUAUGUGGCCUUCACCAGUGAGGGUGAGCGUCUGAUUGGUGAUGCUGCCAAGAAUCAGCUGACCUCUAACCCUGAGAACACUGUCUUUGAUGCCAAGAGACUGAUUGGUCGCACUUGGGGCGACUCCUCUGUGCAGCAGGACAUCAAGUACCUGCCCUUCAAGGUCACUGAGAAGAAGAGCAAGCCCCAUAUCCAGGUUGACAUUGGUGGCGGCCAGAUGAAGACAUUUGCUCCCGAGGAGAUCUCUGCUAUGGUGCUGACCAAGAUGAAGGAGACUGCUGAGGCUUACCUGGGCAAGAAGGUCACACAUGCUGUGGUCACUGUCCCUGCCUACUUCAAUGAUGCCCAGCGCCAGGCCACCAAGGAUGCUGGAACUAUCGCUGGUCUGAAUGUUAUGAGAAUCAUCAAUGAGCCAACUGCUGCUGCCAUUGCUUAUGGCCUGGACAAGAGGGAUGGCGAGAAGAACAUUCUGGUGUUCGAUCUGGGUGGUGGCACCUUUGACGUCUCUCUCCUGACCAUUGACAAUGGUGUGUUUGAAGUGGUGGCCACCAACGGUGACACUCAUCUGGGAGGUGAGGACUUUGACCAGCGUGUCAUGGAGCACUUCAUCAAGCUGUACAAGAAGAAGACUGGCAAAGAUGUGCGCAAAGACAACCGUGCUGUGCAGAAGCUGCGUCGUGAGGUUGAGAAGGCAAAGAGGGCACUGUCUGCCCAGCACCAGGCCCGCAUUGAGAUCGAGUCCUUCUUUGAGGGAGAAGACUUCUCUGAGACCCUGACCCGUGCCAAGUUUGAAGAGCUGAACAUGACUGUCACCAUUAAGGUCUAUGAAGGUGAGCGUCCUCUGACGAAAGACAACCACCUUCUGGGCACCUUCGACCUGACUGGCAUCCCCCCUGCCCCUCGUGGUGUACCACAGAUUGAAGUCACCUUUGAGAUUGAUGUCAACGGUAUUCUGCGUGUCACUGCUGAGGACAAGGGCACCGGCAACAAGAACAAAAUCACAAUCACCAAUGACCAGAACCGCCUAACACCCGAGGACAUCGAGCGCAUGGUGAACGACGCUGAGCGCUUUGCUGAUGAAGACAAGAAGCUGAAGGAGAGGAUCGAUGCCCGCAACGAGUUGGAGAGCUACGCCUACUCUCUGAAGAACCAGAUCGGCGACAAGGAGAAGCUUGGUGGCAAACUGUCAGAUGACGAUAAGGAGGCCAUUGAGAAGGCAGUGGAGGAGAAGAUCGAGUGGAUGGAGUCGCACCAAGAUGCUGACCUGGAAGAGUUCCAGGCCAAGAAGAAGGAGCUGGAGGAGGUGGUCCAACCCAUCAUCAGCAAGCUUUACGGCAGUGCAGGCGGACCUCCACCUGAGGGCGCUGAGAGUGAGCAAGACGAGAAGGAUGAGUUGUAGGCAGGUUUGAAGUCUUCUGUCGCCCCUUGCCUCUCUGGUUGUGGCAUCUGUACAUAUUGAACUGAUGGGACUCAAAUAGUGAGAGGAAAGGCAGGGAAGGGGUGACAAUGAUAACAAGCAACCAUACUGAAAGACUUCAACAAAAAAAAAAAGUUUCAGUGUGUAAGAGGUGUUCUCUUCGCUGGAAGGCGGAGAUAUUCGUCAGCCCGGAUAUGAGGCUUGUUGCUGCUGUUCUCAGGCAGUCCUGAUAGGAUUCUGUAAUGGGGAGGGACUUAGUGGGGUGGAUUAUUGGGUGGGCAGGUAUUUGUGGGUACAUUGAGUAGAGUGUCUGUGGGAUCAAGGGCUCUUUAUGUUCACAGACAAUGCUAAAAGUUAUUUAUUGAAUCUGGUCAUUGUACUUCUGGAAAGACAUUGAAAUAAAUGUUUGAUACAAACUGUUA